CCCGGGUCCGACUGCCCCGAGAGUCCGCGUCCGCCGCCGCCAGCGCUCCCUCGCCCCCGCCCCUUCUAGACCCUCCCCCAGUCACCGCGGUCUGGCAGCGCCUGGCCGGCGGCCCGCAGGCGGGCCGCCCUCCUCGCCCGUAGCCCACCCCCCCUCUUAAAGCAGCGGCGGGAAGAUGAGGUUUCGGGAGCCACUUCUGGGCGGCAGCGCCGCGAUGCCCGGCGCGUCCCUACAGCGGGCCUGCCGCCUGCUCGUGGCCGUCUGCGCGCUGCACCUCGGCGUCACCCUCGUCUACUACCUGGCCGGUCGCGACCUAAGACGCUUGCCCCAGCUUGUCGGAGUCUCUACACCGCUGCAGGGCGGCUCGAACGGCGCCACCUCCAGCGGGCAGACCUCCGGGGAGCUCCGGCCCGGCGGGGCCCGACCGCCGCCUCCUUUAGGCGUCUCCUCUGAGCCUCGCCCGGGUCUCGACUCCAGCGCUGGUGCAAAUUCUGGCCCUGGCCUCGCGAGCAACUUGACUUCGGCUCCAGUGUCCUCCACAGCACUGUCGCUGCUUGCUUGCCCUGAAGAGUCCCCGUUGCUCGUUGGCCCCAUGCUGAUUGAAUUUAACAUUCCUGUGGAUCUGGAGAUUUUGGCAAAGAGGAACCCAGAGGUAAAGGUGGGUGGCCGUUACACCCCCAAGGACUGCAUCUCUCCUCACAAGGUGGCCAUCAUUAUUCCAUUCCGCAACCGGCAGGAGCAUCUCAAAUAUUGGCUGUAUUACUUGCACCCAGUCCUACAGCGCCAGCAGCUGGAUUAUGGCAUUUAUGUUAUCAACCAGGCUGGAGACACCAUGUUCAAUCGUGCGAAGCUCCUCAAUAUUGGUUUUCUAGAAGCCCUGAAGGACUAUGACUACAACUGCUUUGUGUUUAGUGAUGUAGACCUCAUUCCAAUGGAUGACCACAAUGCCUACAGGUGUUUCUCACAGCCGCGGCACAUUUCAGUUGCAAUGGACAAGUUUGGAUUUAGCCUACCUUAUGUUCAGUAUUUUGGAGGUGUCUCUGCUCUAAGUAAACAACAGUUUCUGACCAUCAAUGGAUUUCCUAAUAAUUAUUGGGGCUGGGGAGGAGAAGAUGAUGACAUCUUUAACAGAUUAGUUUUUAGAGGAAUGUCUAUAUCUCGCCCAAAUGCUGUGAUCGGGAGGUGUCGCAUGAUCCGACACAUGAGAGACAAGAAAAAUGAACCUAAUCCUCAGAGGUUUGACCGAAUUGCACACACAAGGGAUACAAUGCGCUUUGAUGGUUUGAACUCACUCACCUACCAGGUGUUGGACGUACAGAGAUACCCAUUGUAUACCAAAAUCACAGUGGACAUUGGUACACCAAGCUAGCAUCUUGGUGCAAAUAAGAGACCUGAAAAUGGCCAGGGACCACUGCUGUGUCUUGGCCAGUCUACUGGGCUGGUCCCUCUCAUUUGUACAAUCUGAGUGAUAGGUCCCCUCACUCAUCAUUCAGAUGCCUUUCCAGAUGACCAGGACAAGUGGAAUAUUUUGCCCCCAACUUGGCUCGGCAUGUGACUUCUUAGCUGUACAAGGUGUUUGUCAGUGUAGAAACUGUCAGCCUUUGGGUGCUUCUUGACACUUUCACAAUGUCACCCCAAAGAGUCAGAACUGUUUGCAGCUUGUUCCCACUGAUAAAAUGACUAAAUUAUGAAAUGGGUAAGAAUUUUGCUUUAAAUUGUGGUGAAUUUCAUGAAUUACUUCAUGAAAAAUUAGAAACUGCUGCUGAAAUUGGAUUGAUAUGAUAUUAUUUGACAGUGUUUUAAUAGAAAAACAAAAUUUCAACCAGUUUCAUGUUAUGCGCCCCCCCCCACUUCUUUUCAGUGGUGUGCAACUAUCACUCUGUGUGUGUGUGUGUGUGUGUGUGUGUGUGUGUGUGUGUGUGUGUCUUAGCAAAAGAAUUUUAAAACUUGAGCCUUGAACCUUUUGUCCUGCUAAUGUGUGAAUUCCAAGGCAACUUUAAGCCAUCAGAGCGAAACCUUGGGGGUUCUCACUUACAGUGGCCUAUCUCCAGAUUGUCUGGUUUCUGAAUGUAAAGAUUUUUUUUAAGCAGCUUGUAGUAUUUUAAAGAACGAAAAAAAAUCAAGUUCUAAUUAUGAUCUAGCUUGAUUUUGUGUUGAUCCAAAUUUGCAUAGCUGUUUAGUGUUAAGUCAUGACAAUUUAUUUUUCUGGGCAUGCUAUGUAAACUUGAAUUUCCUAUGUAUUUUUAUUGUGGUGUUUUAAAUGUAGGGAGGGAAUCAAGC